UGUGUGAUAAAAUCAAAUAUUUGAGAGUUUUCAACUAUUUUGUGCAUUCAUUCCUAAUAAAUAUGUACAUGAGCUACUGCCAGAAUCAGCCAAAUUUUGAACGUAUCUAUAACCAUUAUGCUGCAGCCUGUGGAUUGCAAUUCUGCAAUGUUUCACUUAUAUCAUUGUCUUAUAUUCACAAUAAUUUGACAGAUCUUGGCUCUGUUUGUCUACCAUGUCUCUGUAAUGAUUGCAUUCUGAAUACAAAUUGCUGUCCUGAUUUUGGAUUACCUCGCUACAAAGAGAAAUGCAUGAACGAUGUCAUAUACAAUCCAGACGAUCUGUUAUCAGAUGUCUACUUUUCUGUGCUAGACCAAUGUCCUCCAAACACGCCUCCGAAAAUUCGAAAUCUCUGUGAAAAAGAAACUGAUCUAAUUCAAAAUUUGACUUUGGUACCCGUGACGAGCAAGAGCAGGACAACUUAUAGGAACGUUUAUUGUGCUCAGUGUCAUGAUCAAACAGAUUUAGAACCAUGGACUAUAGACAUAAAUUGUCAACAAUUUGCAGAUUUUAACUUCUUAUCCAAUUUUGAAGAAAUAGCCGAACUUAUAAAGGUAAAAGAAUGUACUGUGCGAUACGUUCAACAAAAUGCCAAUUAUAAGGCACUCCCGUGUAUAAGACCAGCUGAUAACUUGAUAAGUAGAUGCAACAUGACAGGGACUUGGAACUCAUAUGAUUCGGAUAUCGAUUUGGCAUGUAAUCACUUUCAACUUCCAUUUGAUGAAUAUAGCAGUAUAUUUUGUUUGAUGUGUAAUCCUCCAUCCCAAGAUCCACAAACGGAUUUGGUCUCUACGUGUAACAUGAAUGAUGAUAGUACUAAAAGUCUAGAAAACGCAUGUGAAAUGUACAAACAAAGCAGCGUUACGUUUCCGUUUAAAAACGUGUUUUGCUACCUUUGCAACAGACAUGACGAUAAGGAUAAGUAUAAUGAUAUAAAUGGGUAUAUAAGUUUAAUAUUUGAAGAUGAUAUAGUAAUUUAUAAAAUGGAACAAUUAAUAUUUAAGAACGAUUUCUUGACGCCAUAUCUUUCUAAUCAAAGCAUUAAACUAGACACCAAGUUCAAACUUGGGAGCAGACUUAAUAGUUCAUACGACUUUUUUGACAAUGAACGACAAAUUAAUGUGACUAAUCUUAUGACUCUAUAUUCAUUAGCAUACGGACAAAAUUUAUGUGGAAUCUUCAAUGCCGGCCCUAAACCGCUGGCACCCAAUUGUUCCUGUCAUGAAACUUGUGUUUCGUAUGAUACCUGUUGUGUCGAUUUUGAAUUAGAUCAGCUUUUGGAAUGCUUAGAUGGAAACAGUGUGGCUGGUAUAUGCCGUUAUACUGAUGAAGGUAUCAAUUCAUAUUGUGAAAGGAGGGGUGAGUUCAUGUUUGAUCUUCCUGUUAGUAGACAUGACACCAAAAAACACUACAAGAAUAUAUUUUGUGCACUCUGUGCAGACAAGAAAUUCAAUUUCCCAAUGAGAUUUCCCGUGAAGUACGCGCAUAAAUAUUUUCAUCCAUGGGACAUUGAGAUAACAUGCGCAAAAUCAAAUCUACUUCCAAUAUAUUAUCAGCUCUCUAUGACAGACAUCUUUAAAUCUGCUACUAGAAGAAACUGUGAUAUUAAGUUUAAAACUACACAAGGAAGGUAUGGUAAAUGUGAUGACAAGCCAAUCAAGAUAAGCACAUGUAAUGUAUCGGAUACUUGGUCACAUUUUGAUGCUGAUGUGUUAUGGGCUUGUGAAAAACUAAACACAACAUUUUUGACAAAUUAUAGAGGAUUUCGAAACGUGUUUUGUACUUUAUGCAAUCCUGAUGUACACCUAGGGUUCAUUCCACCACGACCACCAACGACAGACAUUACACCUCGGGAUCCGGAACACCGUCCAGUUCUUUGUACUUCGUGUAUAAGCAGUGCAGGGGUUGCUACAACGUUUAGGACAUUAUUUCAAAUAUCAAACGAUGACGAUGAAAAAGUAACUGAGUGUACUAGAGGACAGGUCUUGGAUACUUUACAUAAUAAAUGCAGAAACAUUAUAUGUUCUCCUGGAUAUAUUCUUCUAAAUUCAACAUGCGAACCAUUACUAUCCAUGACUAAAAAUCUAGGAUAUUUGCUACCUAUCCGUUUGGAGUUUGUAUCUAGAAUAAAUCCUGGUUCAUUUGAUUCCUUGUUACAGAGAACGGAAACAGCAAUAGAAGAUUAUUUGAACAGAUACCUUAAGCUAAACAAAGGCCUACAUUUCUUAUCUGCCGACCUUAUCACAAAUUCUUCUUGUGUCAGAAAUGAAACUGUAGGAAUGGAGAUACUGGCGAGCAUUGAAGUGUUUAUUGAUGAGAUAGUUUCUAGGAAAGACAUCGAAACAAAACUAGCCGAUAUUAGUAAUGAUAUGAUUAACAUCAAUGGAUACGAUAAUGUAAACCUGACAAUCUCCUUAGAUUAUAACGCAAUAAGCACCAAAACAAAAAUAAAUGAUAUCGGACAGUUUACUGGACUGUGCUAUUUAUCAAGAACAGACUCAGAUUUUAAAAGAUCGCACAUGUAUUAUAAGUUCAACCUCGUGUCUAAUCUACUCUUUUGUAAGCAGAUAGUCCUCGAUAAAAGUGAAGUUAUCGUUCUCUUCAAUCCAUUUACUUCCGUUACAUUCGUGACAAGUAAAGUUGAAAUAGACCAAGGAAAUUUUAGAAUAGCAGAAAAUGGCAUGGUAAGAAUAUGUGUCGAUACACUGUUGUCACUGAAGAAACCUAGAGUGCCAAUAGACAAGGUCAUGUCUACAAUAAUGGCCGCAGCAACAAUUAUUUCAAUGAUUUGUUUAUUCGCUACUUUUGUAACAUACUGUAUAUUUCCAAGCCUUCGAUCUGUUCCUGGUAAGAACAACAUGUCUCUUGUGUUUUCAUUAUUUUGUUUACAGGCUGUAUACACUAUUAGUGUGAAUCAAAUCGAAAACCCUCGGUCCUGUCACGUGAUAGGAAUUAUAAUCCACUUCUUUCUUUUGAGCUAUUUCGCUUGUUUGAGCGUUUGCACCUUUCACAUGUUUAAAGCAUUUAGCAGUAUCAGCGGACCGUAUAUUGCAGGUCACGACAAUCGAACUACAUUAGCAUAUUGUUUGUUCUCUUACUGCACGCCAACAAUUAUAAUCAUUGUCAAUAUAGCGGUUACCUUUUCGUUAGCUGACAAUAUUGGUUAUGGCGUCAGGGGGUAUAUCUGCUUUUUAAAAUACUCAUCUGCAGUAAUUGCAACAGUAAUCGUUCCUAUUUCGUGUAUUUGUGUGUGUAAUGUAGCUUUUUUCAUCGUGACAAUGUAUAAAAUAAGUUCAACACCGAAGAUACAGAGGACAAGUUCACACAAAACUGCACAUGACAACAGCAUUGUCUACAUUAAACUUUUCAGCAUAACGGGUAUCACAUGGGUAUUCCCGAUCAUUGAUGCGUUUUCACCGAUGACCUCAUUAACUGUGAUAUUUUCGUUGUUAAAUGUGUUACAGGGUGUGUACAUCUUUCUGUCAUACAUAUGUAAUUCACGUGUAAAAAGGUUGUAUAAAAAUUUGUGUGGUUGUAACAAUACAGAUGUCUUGGAUUCAAAUUUUUCAGGGAUAACCAAUAGUUCACAAGUUUUGUCAACGAGUAGUGUUAAAUAUAUAUCACAUAAAAACACAAAGUCUUUAUGUGAAAGUAAAAUUUGAUCUGUUCUGCUCAAAGAUGUGACAUGAGCAUGAG